AUGACGUUGACAGAUUCAUUUCAAUUUUACUCCACUGUAUAUUGGAAUGUAUCAGUUACUGAUAAUUCCGGCACUGUAAAUGCAGAUUGUACAAGACAAUCUGGCAACAGGUUUAAUGCUACUUGGCCAAUUAAACCACAGAAUAUAACUUGUACAGCUGAGGAUCAAUACGGCAAUGCUGCCUUAUGCUUUUUCUCUGUAACAGUAUAUGAUGAGGAAAAUCCAGAAAUAAUGUGUCCAAGUGACUUCAAUGUAACAACAGAUGCUGGACUACCGACUUCUUUCAUCAACUGGACAGUCAGCUAUACUGAUAAUACAGAUGAUCUGUAUGAUGUCACAGUAACAGGAUCUGGUGCAAGUUACAAUCAAUCAGGAGAAGCUUUUCCUAUUGGAACAACAACACUUAAGUAUACAGUAACAGAUGUGUUUGGAAACAAUGAAAGCUGUACUUUCAUGGUCAUCGUAAAAGACAAAGAACCACCUGUUCCAAGUUGUCCAUCACUAGUUACUGGUGUAACUGAUGAGGGAAAACCAAAUGGCACUGUCAGCUACAACCUUAAUGUCACUGAUAAUGUUCAAGUUGCCAUGUUCUCAACCAACUAUACAGACAUUGAUCCAGAUAACAUAAUAAUUGAUAAUGCUUCCGCUGUUUUUGAUACUACUGGUGUAUUUAUGGUCGGAGAAACUAUAAUUGAAUAUGUCUUCACUGACAAUGGAUCGCCUACAGGAAAUGAAGCUACAUGCUAUGUCACAAUACAAAUUGAAGAUCAAGAAAAGCCUGAGAUUAUAGAUUGUCCAAUGGAUAUAACAGUUAACACAACAAAUGGGGAACCAGUGGCUGUCAAUGUCACAUGGACAGAGCCAACAGCUACUGAUAACUCUGGAGAGACGCCAGAACCAGAGUCUGACUACACCUCUGGUGACAAUAUGUUUGUGAUUGGUGGCACGACAGUGCAGUACAAUGCAUCAGAUUCAAGUGGUAACUUCAAUGAUCGCUGCAGCUUUACUGUCACUGUUGAAGACAAUGAGCCUCCAGGUAUAACUUGUCCUACAAAUGUCACUUCGAACAACUACAUUGAUGAAUCGUUUGGUAUAGUACAAGUGAGCACAGAUGAAGGAAGCCCAAAUGCCACUGUCACCUGGGAUCAGUCUGUCACAAGUGACAAUAGUAAUGAAAAUGUGACGGUAGUAUCGUCACCAUAUCAGUCAGGUGAUAUGAUACCAAUUGAAAUUUCUUCUAUUGUGAUUUUCUUAAUGGCAACUGAUCCUUAUGGUAAUGAAGGUACCUGUGAAUUUGUUAUCCAAGUCCAAGGUAAAUCGUAUAUGGUAUUUAAAUAA